GUUCUGCCACAGAUCUCUGAGUCUCACGGCGGAGUGACGAGCGCCCAAGGGCAGAUUCCAAGCAUUGCCGGACCAUCUCCUCUCCAUCUUUUCUGGUCAUCCCCGUGGUCCGUUCAGACGGCCGGACCAGUUGAUAUAGCUACAAGUUAUAAAUCCAGCGCACUCGGUGCCGCAACCUGAACCCGGCCCUCCAUCCUUGGAUUAUUCAUCACCGACUUGGUUAACCAAGCACUAUGACCACAUCGGAUAUUCCGCUGGAAACCUUCCGGCUGGGUCCCUUCACGGUGCCCAGACUGUUUACAGGGCUUUGGCAGCUCUCCAGCAAUGCCUGGGGAAGCGCGUCUACUCCCAAAAUUCGCAGCCAAAUGGCGCAAUACGCAGACGCAGGGUACACUGCUUUUGACAUGGCUGACCAUUAUGGCAGCGCUGAGAUCAUCUUUGGACAAUUCAGAAGGAACUUUCACGCACCAGAAAGGAUCAUGGGCGGUACCAAGUGGUGUGUCUUCCGAAAGACAGAUCCGACACGGGCGGUCGUCGAGGCCGCCGUGCAAGAACGCUUAGACCGCAUGCAGUCGGAGCGUGUCGGCCUCCUACAGUUUCACUGGCAGGAUUACAGUGACAAGAACUACCUCACCGCCCUCCGUCGCCUCCAGGACCUCCAGCUCGAAGGCAAAAUCGUAACGCUUGGGCUAUGCAACUUUGACGCGAUCAGGAUGGAUGAGAUCUGCACAGAGCUCGGACCUGGUGCGAUCGUAUCCAACCAAGUACAGUUCUCGUUGAUUGAUACUAGGCCCCUGCAUGGGAUGGCCGACGUCUGCGAGCGACACAACGUGAAGCUUCUCACCUACGGUACCGUGUGUGGCGGCUUCCUAGCAGACAAAUGGCUAGGGCAGCUCGAGCCAGAUCUGUACUCCGGCAACCUAACGCCAUCCCAGAGGAAGUAUCUCGACAUGAUUCUGAAGGCGUGGGGCGACUGGCCGCUCUUCCAGAGCCUGCUCUCUGUUCUCCGCAAGAUAGGCGACCGCCACGGCGGCGUGAGCAUCGCAAACGUGGCCACACGGUGGGUGCUCGAUCACCCCUGCGUUGGCGCCGUCAUCAUCGGAGCGCGUCUUGGGUUGUCCGAGCACACGGACGACAACCGGCAAGUAUUCGGAUUCCGGCUCACCGCGGAGGACAACGCAGAAAUCGACGCGGUGCUCGAUCAGAGCAACGGCAGGAGGCUCAUCACCUCCAUUGGCGAUUGCGGCGCGGAGUAUCGCUAGCCGAGGUGUCCUAGGCUAGGGCACCCCGCCAGUGCUUGGCUUGGUGUACUGUUUGGGUCUCGGGGGAAAGGACGACAUGUAGUAGGAUAGAUCGAAGUGUGGAACUGACGCCUCAGAGCGGCCUAGGAAGAAUGGUGUUGGAGCUCUAGUUGCGGGUGCAUUGAUGGAAGUGAUCAACGC